AUGGGAAACGGUAUAAAGAACAUUACCCCUGCUGAUAUUCUCGUUUUUGUCGUUGGUCCUACGGGCGUUGGCAAGAGCAGGCUAAUCAACCACUACACUAACGAACGUCUAGCGAAGACCAGCAAUGGCCUGGAUUCGUGCACACAAAAUCUCGAGCAUUUCCCCAUUCCACUUGAAGGGCCUGAACGCCUCAUCCUCGUUGACACGCCUGGUUUCAAUGCUACCAGUAGUACCAGCGAUUCAAAAAUCCUGGACUGCAUUCAACGUUGUUGGAAGGCUCAGUUAGUACCUCUUAGUACCUCACUCACUUCCUUACCGCAUCGCCCUAAUGCUUCGCAAAGCUGUGGAGCUGGAAAGACGUGUGGUGGCCUCAUUUACCUCCACGACGUGGAUCGCCAAUGGGAGGCGGUUUCCAAAGAUCUUGAAGGCCUUCAGAAAAUUUUCGAGAAGAAGAACCUUCGAUUUGUCGUUUUUGCUCCGACGUCUGUUAGUCUUACCCCCGAGGCACUCAAGAGACGCAAAAAUCAAAAUUUCGGGGCGGAUUCGAGUCAGCGUACAGAAUUGAGUAACCAGGGGGCAGUAGUUUUCGACAGGCUUCUCGACUCACACGCGUCAGCCGAGGAGUUGGUUGGGAUAGCUCUCAACAGGGCCAAGGAAGAGCAGCGCAUUCUGCUAGCCGAGGAGCUGGAAGAACUUGGAAAGGUGCUCUCCGGGCAUCCUAGGAAGGAACUCAAGAAGACAUUUGAUGAGAUUGUCGAGCGUUACGAGGUCCUGGCCAACUGUGGUGCUGCUCUAUCCACUUCCGAGGCCGCAGAGAUACGAGCUAAGAUCGGCAUGGUGUUUGGGCAGCUCCGCGGGAAAACCAGUGUGAAAGACCGUAUCUUGAAAAUUUUCGGUGAGACCUCAGGCUUUGUCCCGCUAUCUCGAUUGCAAGUGAUUCUCAACUAA